AUGGAAGAAGCUAUUCAAAGGUAUAAUUUCGAUAUAGAUGAUACUCUUGCCCUUGAUGUAUUCAAUUCAGGCAAACCAAUUGGGGUGUUCGAACUGGACGAUUUGAUAAUUUCAAAAACAAAUCAAAGGGAGAUUAUGAUUGGACAAGUAUAUAAGGAUAAAGCUACAUUGAAAGAGGGGUUCAAUCAAUAUAGACCCAUUGUGGUUGUGGAUGGAAGCCACUUAAAAUUGUAUUACACUGGGACUUUCGUCUCGGCCAGCACUUUGGAUGGUGCAGGUCAUAUACUUUCACUAGCAUAUGGUGUUAUUGAUUCAGAGAACGAUGCUGCUUGGACGUGGUUCUUUGAGCAAUUCAAGGAAGCAUAUGGUGAGAGGGAAAGCAUGUGCAUCGUUUCAGAUAGGAACGAAAGUAUCAUCAAGUCUGUAUCAAGAGUGUAUUCAACUGUACCACAUUUUGCUUGUAUAUGGCAUCUUUGGAACAACGUAUAUAAGAAAUUCAAAAGGAGUCAUUCAAAGUUGAGCGAGAUAUACUUCUCAAUGGCAAAAGCUUACACACAGGCUGAGUUUGACAGUCUAAUGGAAAAGGUGGAGAAAGUAGAUAUUAGGGUGAAAGAAGACUUGGAGUUAGAUGGAUACGAAAAGUGGGCUAGCUUGUAUGCACCUGUCAACAGGGGAUGGACAAUGACGUCAAAUAUUGCUGAGUCAAUCAAUGCCGCACUUAUGUCAGCAAGGGAAUUGCCAAUAUACGACCUCCUCGAAGAAGUUGUGCCAUCGACUGAAUAUUUGCAUACGGUGAAUGAUGAAGGAAGGCAUUACACAAUAUGCCUUUUAGAGAAAAAAUGCAGUUGUGGGCGGUUCCAAGUCGACGAAUUACCGUGCCCACACGCUUGGGCUGUACUGAAAAGCAAGUUUCUAAUGCUAGAAGAAUAUUGCUCUGAUUAUUACAAACCAAAGUCUGUUAUAAUGACAUAUGAGGUGCCCGUGUAUCCUUUGCCUGACCGGAAAGAUAGAAUAUACCAGCCCAUGUAG